AUGACUUGCGAAAGUUUGUUAGGCCUAGAGGAUGCCAUGGAUGAGUUCCUGCAAUCUGUCGACUUGUUUGAUGAUAUCGAUGUGGGGGAACUUGAUUUCGCUUCUAAAGCAUCUGAGCUUCUCGAAAACUCAGAUAGUGAUAGCGGUAUAAGCGUUGCUGGAGAGAAACAAUUGCAACAGUUGGAGGACAAUGGGCAGCGUAAUUAUGCUGUUUCCGACUAUGUUCUUACUGAUGUUGUUGGAUCUGCAGCAGAAAUUACACAUAGUAUCUUACAGACUAAUAAUGGAUCUUCGGGUUACGAAAUGCUAAUAAAUACCAAGGGAACUCCUGGAGGUGGAUUAAUACAGACUUCAAGCCCCAAUGUUUCACCACCCAAAUUUAAACAAGUGACUGUCAGCACUGUUGGUGGUAAAAAUCUGCCGUGCAACCCACCCUUGAGGCUAAAUUUAAACGGUGGUGGUAGUGUGCCUAUGACUGGUGCAUUUCGUGGUUCUCUGAAGCUCUCCAGUACUCCAGUAAAGUUAUCAGCAGGUAAUAUUACCUCGUUCACACGGUUUCCAAACGUUUCUUCGGGUUCAUCUACAAGCUCUCCUGUUAAAUUGGAUUCGGAAUGUCGUUCUUUAGAUGAAUUGUUUUCUGGAACAAACGAGGUUGCUGAGGUCUAUGAAUACUGUGGAAAUCCAGCCUCUUCAGAUCCUUCACUGCAAGAGCAUUUACGAAAUGUUAAUUGUACACCUUAUUCCAAUUCGUCAUUGGGAAGCCGUUCUCAGCUAUCACCGACAUCGCUUCUUGAUAUGCAGGAUUUUUUAGGACCAAACGAAUGUAUUAUCAGUCAUGCGAACCUGGAACGAAUACGUAAGAAGCAGGAAAGAAUGAUUAAAAAUCGCCAAGCAGCAUGUCUAAGCCGAUUACGCAAGAAAGAGUACUUAGAACGGCUAGAAAUGAAGUUCGAACAGUUAAAACGUGAAAAUCUUGCUCUAUGGCGUCAAAACGAAGAAUGGCGUUUACGAUGUUCCCACUUGGAACGUUGUAUUGAAGAUCUUCAGUCACAGUUUCCGAAUUCUACCAGUUCAGAAGAAGUGAAUAUUAAGCGUGAACCAGUCGAGUCAAGUACAACUGGCAUCCCUAGUUCUUUACAAUCCAGUAAUGCAAUCACUAAUACUACUUAUGUGAAUCCUGUAUCAGUGCAUAGGUUGAUUCCAAAGAGUGAAACAGCAGUUGGGUUUAAGUCCACUGCCUCUUCGCUCAUUCGUCCUUCCAGUUUCAAUGAAUCGGGUAGAAGUAAGACAGUUUCAAUUCGAAAUUGGAAAGAUACCCAAGAUAAAAAUAUGAAUCCUCAGAUUACUGUUUCUACUACUGUCAAUCCAGUGAAAACACUUAAAUGGAGUACUUCGCCUAAAAGGAUAUUUCUUUCAAAUAAAAUUGAUGUUGAAUCACAUUCUCAAUUGUCAUCACAACAAUCGCCAGUCCCGCGGUCUUCGAUUACUAGGACUUUGAUUACUUCUAAUAAUAGAUUUACACCAUCAAUCACUCAUCGUUCAAAAGUAAUCGCAACUACAAGUCUCUUGGCUAUAUUUGGCCUCUUUACAUUAAAUAUCUUUUCUUUCUCCGAUUCAAAUAUUGGCUAUAAUAUUCUACCGUCAUUAUCGUCUAUUGGUAUGUUUCCUAGCAGUGACCAAAUCAUCUCUCAGAAAUUCGCCUUUGCGAAUACAAAUGCAUGGGCAUCAUCAAUACAGCGUUCAGUAAGUGGAAAACAUCUUUCAAUCAAUAUCCAGUCAACACAGGAGGAUAUUUUAACAGACCAAGGCGGGUUAAUCAAAAAUUCAUCAAAUAAUAAAGUUUUAACGUCUGAAACAGCUUCAGUUAAACAUUCUACCAAUAAUUGUGGUCCAAAUAAAAAUAUAAGCUGUUCUGAAAAUGCUUCGUUUGCUGAUGUUAGACAAAUUUUACAAGGUUGGAUUGAAAGACACGCUAUAUCAACCAGUAAUCAAUCCGCUAUAUACAGGUUACUGCUUACUCCAUCGAUUCAUAACCUCAAAGCGUUUGGCAACCAACAAAGUGUAUUCACUCCAUCCAGUAUCCUAUCGCGUAAUUCAAUGCACGAUGAACAAAAUCCAUUUCCCUUACCGGUUAAACAUUUGGACAACCAACCAUCUAGGAAAUCAAUUCCAUACAUAGCAAGAAGAAGAGAUAUAAGACAGCAGCGUUCAUCGUCAGCAGAUGAUGUUGAUCGUCGUAUGCUUAACAUGACGGCGAAUUCAGCACCGCCUAGAUUUACUUCAUCCCAUCGUAGUCCAGUACCGCGAAAGUAUGAUAUACAGGAUGAUGAUAAUAAAAAAGCUGAUCCUUAUGUUCAUCCUGCUGUUCGAGCGUUUGAAAAUUUGUUCAGUGUAGUCGAUCGUCGUAAUGAUACAGCGUAUAUUGUUUUCUUAAAUCGGGAUCAUUUUCUACUUCCUUCGAUUGAUCCACUGCCUGCGAAUAUGAGACAAAAAAUGACAUUCUUACUACCUGCUCAUCGAGUAAUCAACGGAUCACACAAUAGUAGCAGUAAUGCUAAUAAUAAUGAUGAUGAUUAUGAUUAUGAGAAUGUGUCAGCGUCUACGCUAAGUAUGCUACAAUUGGAUUGUGAAGUGAUCAAUGCUACACUACUUCAUACAACUGUAUAUCCUGAUAACCGGUAAUCCCAAUGCUCUUCAUUCAUAAUAUAUAUAUAUAUAUAUAUCCUAGUCUUCUUCGCCGUUCAUACAUCCUUUUCCUUUUCUCUGUGUUAUUAUUUCUAUGUAUAUUUUGACUUUCCCUCUCCUCGGAAUUCAUCCCAGUUCAUUCUCAUUCCAAAAAUAGAAAUGUGUUAUAUUGUUUUUGUUUUUAAAUUUUCUAUGCAUUGUGUUCACACCUUCACUUCUCACACUCAAAGUAUCCAUUCGUUCUUUCACAUUUAUUUGUUCAUUCACACUAAUAUGAUUAUUUUUCUGUUUUGCUAAAUGAUCUUUCCUUUUAUUAUCUUGUUGAUGUUUAUUUAUCUAAUUUGUUUUUAAAACAAAAAUAAUAAUAAUAAUACUAAUAUUCAUGACUUAUAUUAUUGUUUUUGUUAACCCUACUAGUGGGAUUCUAUUCUCAUAUUUU